UAAGCGUGUGAAAACGUCUAUUAAAUAAAAAUUUCUUAGAAAAUCAUCUCCAUCCUGAGGACUGCUGCACGUUGGCAUAAAAUGUGCUGAGGUUUACAAAAUGAAGUACAUAAAACCGAGAAAAACUCUCCUUUCUGGUUUAAUAGUAUUUCAUUUGUUUAAUCGACACCUUAGAGUCUUCUCUAUUUCAAUAUCAUAAUCAUCAUUAUGUGUUAUUUGUGUGAUACUUGUGGAAUGAAGUUCAAUUUUUUGAAAUCAUUGAUACGUCAUGAGCAAACAGUACACAACAAAAUUUUAUAUGGCUGCAGUUUGUGUUCGAAAAAAUUUUCGAGAAAAGAUAAUUUCUCAAGACAUGUUCAGCAUACACACGGGUUAAUAGGAACUGAUAAAGUAUUGAAAAUGCGUUCUGUAAAUAUAGAAAAUGAAAUAAAAUCGGUCUCUGUGAAAAAUGUGGUUAAUUACGGUGCCAGCACCUGGAAAAAUUUUUACGAUAAAGGUAAUUCGGUUAAGGAAAGCGAGAGAAAAAAUACUGAUACAAAAUUUUCUAAUACUAGAGACAGCGAUGAUGAGCUUUUGCUAGAAGCUGCAAAUAAGAUAGAUGCAAAUUCAAUGGACGUUCAA